GAGCUCGAAUUAUUCCCUCCAUUUUCUGGAUCCGACCCGAAAAGAAAAAUAUACAAACCACCCUGUCAUUGUCUUCCACUAAGCGGACCCGACGCACGGCGAAGCCGAGCGAAUCAGCGGCGCGGUUCUGACAAUGGAGCAAGACCAAUCCAACCUCUACCCUCACCCGCAAAACAGGUACAAUCACUACAACGCCAAUCACCGGAAACGGCGGCCCCCCCCGCCGAAGGAGAUAACGGUGCCGGAAGGCUCAGUUUCCUUGCGUAUUGUGUGCCAUGUGUCUAUCAUUGGCGGCCUUAUUGGGCCAUCGGGAUCUAUUAUUGACAAGCUGCGCCACGACACCACCUGCCUCAUCCGCUGCGAGAGGCUGGUGCAGGGGUCGGACCAUCGGAUUAUCCAUAUUGUCGGGCCUGGGGCACCUGAGCGGAGGAUCGAGUUGAAAUCUGCACGGGACAGAGAUGAGGUGGGAGAGAUGUAUAUGGUAUCCACUGCGCAGGAGGCAGUGAUUAGGGUUUUAGAGAGGGUUUGGGAGGUAGAGGCGAAGAAGGAGGGAAAUGGUGGAGUGGAAGGUGGUGGGUACUGUGGAUUGCUAGCGAACACAACGCAGAUUGGGGCGGUGGUGGGGAGGGGAGGCAGGACUAUUGAGAGAAUGAGGAAGCAGAGUGGCGCGGAGAUCAGGAUUUUGCCACCACCGCAUUGCGCUGCCAAGAAUGAUGAGUUGAUUCAGAUUACUGGUGCCUCUGUGGCUGUGAAGAAGGCACUGAUUGCUUUAACCGGAUGUCUUCAACAUUGUCCUCUAAUUGAUGAAGACCGAUCCUCUUUGAGUAGACCUGUCGAGAGAACUUUUAAUGAGAACUCUUCUGAUCCACAUGCUGAACAACUUUUCCCACAGCUUAAUUCGUUUUUACCACCUUUGACUAGAAAUUCUGUUGGUAAUGCUUCAAAUAAUCAUUUAUCAUCAGCAAAUGUCCGCAAAGAACGAGGACAAGAGAUGGAAGGUAGACAACGGGAAGUUACAUUUAGACUUCUUUGUUCCAAUGGAGCAGCUGGGAGCAUUAUCGGCAAGAAAGGAUCCAUAGUGAGAACACUACAAAACCAAACAGGUUCUUCUAUCUCCUUUGCAGCUCCGAUGACUCAAUCUGGUGAACGUGUUGUCACCAUCUCUGCAUUUGAGAACCAUGAAUCAUUGCACUCUGCUGCACAAAAUGCUGUUGUUCUUGUCUUCGCUCGUUCUGUUGAGCAUGGCUUUGAAAGCAAGCUCUCAUCAAGCACAAAAGGAUUUAGUGCAACUGCAAGACUUCUAGUGCCAGCAGAUCAAGUUGAUUGCUGGAGCAGCAGCAACAGUAAGGAACUCAGAGAGAUGAUUGAAGUAACUGGUGCAUCUAUACAGAUACUGGAUGGAGAUCGAGUCCUGGAUUGUGCUUCCAGCAAUGAUGUAGUUGUACAGAUUUCUGGUGAGUAUGAAAUUGUACAGAAUGCUCUGCUUCAAGUUACUGGUAGACUAAGGGAUAGUGUUUUUACCAAUGAGGUACUUGAAGAAGUGAAAGUGAGGAGCCCUUAUGGAAGGGAGAGGAAGCCUUCCUCUCCUGGAGCAAAAAAAGAAAUAGGCAUAACUCUUGAUUCUGAUCAAGAAGCUAGUUUGAUACAAGGCGUUGAUCAACUUAAAUUCUCCAACAAUGUAGACAGUCCUGCACCUGGAUUGCGGUGUACGCAGACAGUUCAAAGAGGUUGCACUGCAGCCAUUAUGGAUGAUGCAAGUAGCCAAACAGCUUCUGGAAUGGGUUUGAAACUUGAAAGGUCGCUGGAUUAUCUUUUGCCUAUGGGCGUGCAUAACGAAAUGGGAGCAAGGAACCCGUACGAUUCUAAUAGAGAAGCCAUUUCACAAAGAGGAGAUGGUCCCCGAUCCAGAUUACUUCUGCCUCAUGAGUUGGGAAGAGCACAUACAAACAACGCCACCCAUAGCAAAAGGGCUUUAAGUAAUGAAUCCAUUCAAGAAAGUACUCACCAAGGACAUUUAGAAAUUGGGAGUGGCAAAAAGUAUGAUAUUAAGACAAAUACCAUUAUAGAGAUUUUGAUUCCUGAACCUGUCUUUGGCUCCGUUUAUGGCGAAGAUGGUAACAACCUGGUUCGCCUUAGGCAGAUUUCAGGUGCAGAAGUUGAAGUUCACGAUCCUCGUCCUGGGAAAGGUGACGGAAAGGUUGUAAUAUCCGGAACAGCUGAUCAGACCCGAAUAGGACAGAGCUUGGUUCAUGCCUUUAUCUUUGACAGUCAGUGAAUACCAAACCGCUCCCAUGGUGAUUUCCUUGUAAGUGUAUAUGCAUGUGUGGUCAUUCUCAUACUUCGUGCGUAUUCCAUGUAAAGAAAACAGGAUACAUAGAAGCUCAUUGUCAAUGAAAUUAGAUUAGUUUUCUUUCUAGUA